AAAAUCGAUGCCUGAUUGUUGGAGGAUGAGAACGUAAAUGGAAGGCUUACAACGCUACAUUCAAAAUUUGGCUCAAUUGCUGGAUGCGUGGUUUUUGUCUGAAAUUACCUCUUUACCCCCCUUGAAGUGUUUUUAUAUUCAUUGUUCCGUGAUCGGUGCCCUAAUCUACGCCUUCUUUCUUGGAGACGAAUCGCACCAUAAUCGGAGACGCACCGUCGAAGCGCAGCUUUCGCUAACGUCGCAUCACAUGGCAGAGACAGACACAGGGACAGGAAAGGAGGACCCCAAGGACGAGGAGACAAAGAAAGCCUUGGUCAGCACAUCUUUGAAACUACUGGAGGGAUCAGCUUUGCGUAUUAACAAUUUAAUCGAUGUUGCCACUGAGGGUGGUAUGUACCUCAACCGUAUUGAUGGGAAGAACAACCCAAACGUGUGUGCUUACAGGAUGACCCCUGAGGCUAGUUUUCCGGUUGAAGAUGUUCGUGGCUACUACUUGAGCAGGUGCCCUAUCACUUUCACCCUAAAACCUAAGGAGUCGAUUGAUCUUGAUCUGGAGCUUCGAUUCGAUAUACCAUUUGGUCUCAAUGUUAUGAUCAGUACUGAACCAGGACAGUCGAACUUGAUAGCUGAUGGGAUGCUUCUUGAAGCAAAUUACAGAAAGAGUGUUAAGAUUCAUCUGAAAAAUGAAACCCCAGGUGAUCAAACCAUUCUUCCAGGUGAGAUCGUGGCAAGAUGCGACACUAGUCUCGCAUAAAUAACCGAGUAUUCAGUCUCUUACUUCCACUGAAAACAGCUGUUAAUGACAUUCUACUUUUUCUUCUUUUUUGUUUCUUUUUUUCCCUACUAUGUUGCAUUCUAUUGCAAGACAAUUUUCUACUGGGUAUGAAAUAUGACAUAUUUUGUCAUUUCGUUUAA